CUCAACCACGACGUCGACAUUUUCUGGCUCGGGCCUUUCCGUUUUGCUGGGAUCUCCCUCUUAAUGUGCGGUGACCAAGAGUAACUUUACUACUCGCGCGUCGGUGAUGCUGGGAAACGGUGGUUUGUCCUACACUUGUCACCAGGGUGAACCUUGCAAUAUCUGCGCAGGCGUAAUCUCGUCCGCAUAAGAUCAUCUGCUAGUAUUCCCCACAGCCUGCUCUAUUAGAGCAGAAGACUGCCGCUUCGCAUGCACCUGCGCGAGAACUCUGUCGCUGUCAAGAUGAGUGUGCAGGGAAAUUUACAGCGCCCUCGCAGUGCGAGCUGGAAGGUGGAAGCUAUUCGCAGGGGUGAUCUUAAGAUCAGUGGGCCAAUUCCGAUCGAGGAGGAUACGCCACUGAGUGAUGAGGAAGAGAGGGAGUAUGCUGAGAGGCAUGGAGAAAAGGGUGCCGAGGAUACAUUGGAUGUACCCGCGCCUUCACACACAAUACGACAGGUUCCCAACUCGCAAGGAACAUUAAGACCGGAGGAUGCCAAUGAAGAGAAAGCCACCAAGACACUCAGUCGGGAUCAGGAUUUUGCACGGCAGGAACUGGAGCUUCGCGAUCAACAUCCAGCGCGGUCACCGCUCAGGUCACCACUAGGUAUGCAUCCGACAGACGGCACACUCUCUGGACAACGGGAAAGCGUUUUCCAACCAAGAUCGCAUACACCGCCAACGCCGUUGCGGGCGACGCCAGACAGUAUCCCUCACUCCACUGCGACUAUGAACGCAAAGAAACAGAAGCGCAAGAGCGGCAUCCGGGGUGUGUUUCGCAAGAUGUUCGGUCGCAAAGAUCGAGAAGAGUCGCAGGAGCGCAAUGUAGAACGUGAUGAGGAGCCUGUUCGCCGGGGGCAUAGUUACCACCACAGCGACCCUGGCCUGUUACAAAAGUCGCAGACAGCACCACCAGCGCAAGCGCAGACACAGCAGGCACAGACCCCCAACGCGCAACGGAUCUCCAACCUGACCGUGGAAGAGCUGCAACCGCCACACCCACUGAUAAAUCUACCAUACCCUAUGAAUGUCAACGCACCACCAGAAAGCCCACCACAUGAGUACCUGAGAUUCGAUUUCCAACGAACUGACAUUGGUGCGCGGAGAGCGACAUUGCCAAAUCUACCAGGUGACAAGGCUCAGCGACACAGUCUCGACGAACCGCGUGGUCGAUUGUUAACCUGGGAAGAGAAGACUGAGGAAGAACCCAUGCCAUCGUCAGACAUUGGCAUUGCGUUAUCAGGGCCCCCUAACGCUGCUCGUAUCUCCAUUGGAGACAGGCGCAGAUCUAGGAGCGCUGGUGCCCUGCGAGAACUAGCAAAACCUCGCCCUUCGCAUGACGGCCACCAGAGUCGGACUGAUGUGAUCAAGAGUUGGAGAGAUAGCUAUGCUUCAGCCAGCAUGUACAGUCAGAGCACCAGACCUCAGACUGCCCGAACGGUGGAGACAGUGCGGAGCGUCCAGCCGAAGGGACCUACUGUACAGGAGGCGGAGUCGAUCCAUGAGGCCAUGAGCGCAACGCUUGUUGGGCCAGAUGACCUGACGCCGAACGAGCCAACACCGCGAGCCGAAGCACCCAGCACUCCUGAGGCCGCGCCUCGACCACACGACUGGGAGACCCCUGAGCAUCCACCUGUGUCAGCAUUCAAUUUUGGCAACUUGGAGUCCAACAGCUCACAUGAGCACUCCGAGACUCUCGCUCAGCUAGAGGGGCCACCAGUACCCUCCCGAAGUCCGAAACGUCUUUCGGUCGAGGAUCGUGUACAAAACCUCGAGGAGAACAUCCACACACUCGAGUCCUCUCUCCGUCGCAUCUCACAACACAACCAACACCAAACCAUCAUUCUCGAAUCGGCACCACGCAACCUACGAACCCGCACACGCUCAACCUCACGAUCCAUAUCUACGGUCAGCAUCCACCAGCGCGAGCCUCUUGCUCCCGCGAUCGUACCAACUAGCAACCUCGCAUAUGAAUCAAGCCCGCCCUCACCACCCCUUACACACACAGACGAGAAAACGACCAAAGAGGACCUCGCCUCAAUGCACUCCCUCCUCGAGUCGGAGCGCACCGCCCGCCUGGCCCUUGAAUCGCGCGUCGUCACGCUGCAAACCGAAGUCCAAGCGCUCCACGACCUGGUCAACAAGCUCAUCACACGCACUACCGUCGCCACAACGAGCCCGCAGUACCCAACGCCCAGUCCGGAUAGCAUCCGCCCCGGCACCGAGGACUGCGUGCCCACGCCGCGCCAGGGCCGCUACGAAGCCCGCCGGCAAGCUACUGAAGACAGCGAAAUCGUGAGCCCCGAGGCGUGGGCUACCCCCAAGGAAGGCAGUUUCGAGGUGGACAAUCGCAGUCAGUAUUUCGAGAGGCGGUAAAUCUGUCUGGUCUCUCUAAGAGAAGCUGGAGCGUAGAGGGAAGGUACGAACCACGGCUCUUGCCGAAUGACAGUCUUUUUGCUUUUGGACGAGUCUUUUGCAUGAUGCAGACACAGCGCGGCGUUAUCUGGGGUUCUACGAUGCAUCUUUCGUUGCAUCAUUCAUUGCACACUUUUAUAUUCUUAUCUUUUUUAUU